UCAAAUGAUCCCAGUCACACAGGCUGAAAUGGACACGCAUCGCUCAGUAAGAAAAAGUGAAUCUGGCAUUAAUUCCGACAUUUCAGGCGAGCCAUACUGCGUCUCGGUGUUAAAAGAGGGCUACUGCAUAGCUGAACCAGACGGAGCGUUUAGAGCUGAUGGUACUAUUUCUUUAAUUACCGGACCACAAACUAUUCUAGUGGACACCGGGGGACCUUGGGACCGAGAUUUUCUGCUCGCAAAACUUAAGGAGAAAGGUCUGACACCAGAUAAUGUUGCUACUGUAGUCGGAACCCAUGGUCACUCGGACCACGUGGGAAACUUGGGCUUGUUUCCAAACGCCAAAAUAAUCGUGGGAUGCGACAUAAACGUGGGGGAUCGAUAUCUGCCAAACCAGCUGGCUGAGGGACAGCCGUACCCUAUUGACGAUUAUGUGUCCGUCAUUCCCACGCCUGGCCACAUGGGUAGAGAUGUCAGUGUCCUGGUAAAGGGGACAUCGGAGGGGACGGUCCUUGUUGCUGGGGACUUGUUUGAACGUUGCCAUGAUGAAGAUUCAUGGAAGGAAUUGAGCGAGAAUCCUCGAAUACAGGAGAGCAACCGACAGAUGGCGCUGCAGAUCGCCGAUGUGAUCAUUCCCGGGCACGGGCCAUUAUUCAGAGUGCAUAGAAAAUCAUGUCAUUGACGUAAUCCUGAAGUUAUAGAGCAAUAAUAAAACAUUGACAACAAGGAACGCAAUAGUUUAUAACACCAGUGUGACGCAGGCAGUUUAAAAUAGCACCUCAGUGCUGUCUCAAGCCACAGUACACCUGCUGUUAGUGUAAAACGAGAUUGCUCUAUUUAUCAAUGUUUAACAUGGCUUUAUACUUCAAUAUUAGAUUGUCAGUUUCCCAGUAUUGACUGCCCAAGGCAAUUACACACUUUCUUGAGUUAUUUUUAGACUUAAUCUUGUUUUUAGAUGACGUGACAACAGGCUGUGGAAGAUAAGAAUGAUGUCAGUGGGAAAUGAGGUUAAGAAUGAAAUUAUAUAAAAGUUAUAUAUGGACUUUUUAAGUGUGCAGUCUUAAUUUUUUUGUGUAGGCUUAAUACGAAAUGUGAAAUCAUUGAUUCUCACUAAAGCUGUUUGCUGUAGCCUGUCAACAAUAUAUGCUUUGUAAUUAUUUUGUGUCAAUAUAAAUAUGAAUUGCAGCAUUUUACUAUG